AUGGGGUGGCGGUCGCGGGGCUGGCAGCUCCAGCAGCAGCAGCAGCAGCAACCCGGGAGCACGGAGGACGGCACUGAGGAUGGCAGGAAGCGCAGUGGGGCGGGCUGGGAAGGCAGGUACCCCGAGAUUGUCAAGGAGAACAGGCUGUUCGAGCACUACUAUCAAGAGCUCAAGAUCGUGCCUGCAGGCGAGUGGGACCAGUUCAUGGAGGCGCUCAGGGAGCCUCUCCCGGCCACUUUAAGAAUUAUGGGUUACAAAAGCCAUGCAAAAGAGAUGCUCCAUUGCUUAAAGAACACGUAUUUCAAGGAACUGGAGGACCUGGAGGUGGACACGCAGAAAGUUGAAGUUCCACAGCCCUUGAGUUGGUAUCCUGAAGAACUUGCCUGGCACACAAACUUAAGUCGAAAAAUCUUGAGAAAGUCUCCACAAUUGGAAAAGUUUCACCAGUUUCUGGUUAGCAAAACUGAAUCUGGAUACAUCAGUCGUCAAGAAGCCGUUAGCAUGAUUCCACCACUGUUGCUUAAUGCUCAACCUCACCAUAAGAUUUUAGAUAUGUGCGCAGCACCUGGAUCAAAGACCACAGAGCUAAUCAAAAUGCUGCACGCCGACAUGAGCGUGCCUUUCCCAGAGGGGUUUGUCAUCGCGAAUGACGUGGACAACAAGCGCUGUUACCUGCUUGUGCAUCAGGCCAAGUGGCUGAGCAGUCCCUGCAUCAUGGUGGUCAACCACGAUGCGUCCUGCAUCCCUCGGCUCCAGAUGGAUGUGAACGGGAAGAAGGAGAUUCUCUUCUAUGACCGCAUCUUAUGUGACGUCCCUUGCAGUGGAGAUGACACUAUGAGAAAAAACAUUGACGUCUGGAAAAAGUGGAGCACCUUAAACAGCUUGAAGCUGUAUGGUUUACAGGUGCGGAUUGCAACUCGGGGCGCUGAACAGCUAGUGGAAGGCGGCAGGAUGGUGUAUUCUACGUGUUCACUAAACCCCAUUGAAGAUGAAGCAGUCAUAGCAUCUCUACUGGAAAAGAGUGAAGGUGCCUUGGAACUUGCUGAUAUGACCUCUGAGUUGCCAGGACUAAAGUGGAUGCCUGGACUCACACAGUGGAAGGUGAUGACGAAGGAUGGGCAGUGGUUUGCAGCGUGGGAUGAUGUUCUGCACAGCAGACACACCCAAAUUUGGCCUAUCAUGUUCCCCCCAAAGGACCCCGAGAAGUCACAGGCGAUGCACCUAGAGCGGUGUCUUAGGAUAUUACCACAUCAUCAAAACACUGGAGGGUUCUUCGUGGUAGUAUUAGUGAAAAAGUCUUCAAUGCCAUGGAAUAAACGUCCCCCAAAGCUGCAGGGUGAGUCUGCAGAGCUGCGGGGGCCUGUGCAGCCGGGUGCCGCAGAUCCCAUGGGAAGGAACGUUUCCCACCCCUUGGAGCUGGAGAGUAAACCGGCCGCUGGUAUUAGCGACACAGAAGCAACUGAAAGAGCUGAGAAUUUAGAGACGAAUGGAAAUAAGAAAGAUGGUGUGUGUGGUCCUCCUCCAUCUAAGAAAAUGAAGUUAUUUGGAUUUAAAGAAGCUCCGUUUGUAUUUAUUCCUGAAGACGACCCGUUACUUCCACCUAUCCAGAAAUUUUAUGCUUUGGGCCCUUCCUUCCCAAAGAUGAAUUUGUUAACUCGAACCGUGGAGGGGAAGAGAAGGCAGCUCUACAUGGUGUCCAAGGAGCUGAGAAACGUACUGCUGAACAACAGUGAGAGGGUGAAGGUUAUUAACACUGGGGUUAAAAUCUGGUGUCAAAAUAACAGCGGUGAAGAGUUCGACUGUGCUUUCCGGUUGGCGCAGGAGGGAAUAUAUACGUUGUAUCCAUUUAUUAAUUCAAGAAUUAUCACCGUCUCGAUGGAAGAUGUUAAAAUUCUGUUAACCCAGGAAAAUCCAUUUUUUAGAAAACUCAGCAGUGAGGCAUACGGCCAAGUCAAGGACAUGGCCAAGGGCAGCGUUGUCCUGAAGUACGAACCGGACCCCACGAAACCGGACACGCUCCAGUGCCCCAUCGUGUUGCGUGGAUGGCGGGGAAAGGCCUCAGUUGGAACUUUUGUGCCAAAGAACGAACGGCUUCACUAUCUCAGGAUGAUGGGGCUGGAAGUGUUGGCAGAAAAGAAGAAAGAGGGGGCUGUUCCGACGAGCGAGAGUGCAGCCAGCCCUGGGGCUCCGGAGGACAAGGUGGGUGCAGAGCAAGGGGCAGAGUAG